AUGUUAAAAACUGUGGAUGUUCCUAUCGAGGAUGCGAAUGCGGAUGCGGACACCCCUUAUAACAAAGAUUCUCAGCCUUCUGCUUGACCUUCUUGGCCUUGUGCUUAUUUUCAAAUCAUUCUUAAAACCUCCCUCUCCAUCAAGACUAGUUAGCGACCGCAUAAUAUUUAGGCGUGCAGUGGAGGUACGAGUAUUAUACAGGUUUUGUACGCAUGGACGGAAGUAUCUAGUAGCAUCCAGAUAUAUGCCGAGAUAUCGAUGUCUCUCACCCCACUCAACAGAUUGCCCACCACGGGACCUAUAUAGUUACAAUCAAGCAGGACUCACGUAACGCAUUCCCCACCUGUGGGCCAGACUAAGGCGCACAUCACCUAUCUACCCAAGGUGACAAUCUCUCUACACACACACACACACACACGCACACAUUUUUCAAGUGUCCAAAUGCAUUUAACGCCGUGGUUUAGUCAGUAUUAUUGAGAUAUAUUAUAGAUUUUAUGUGCAUGAAAUAAGAGGGACUAUUUCCUACAAAAUAAAUUCGCUUCAUCAAGAUUAAGAUUACUUUCAGACCAGACAGUGUUGACGACUUGACGUGAGAACUGAAGGGAGGCGCCAGACGGUGCGGUGCCUGUGAAGCUUGGGAACCUGGUGGGAAAGCAAGGUUAUAGGGUGAGGGAUGCCAAAUUUGGACGUUCAUCAAAAACAGGACAAUGUCAGAAGUCAGAAAUGCAUUAAAGGAGGCCAAAAAGGCCAUGAAGGAUAAUGACUUCGAAGCUGUCUCCAAAUACUGUAAGAUUGCUUUGAAACAUGACCGUAAAAACUACAAUGCUUUGCUGUUCUUUGGCCGAGCAUGUCAGGAGCUUGGCAAGUAUGAGGAUUCCAAGAAGGCCCUUAUGAUGGCAACACAGAUAGAGCCAGACAGUCCUGUAGCUUGGCAAGGAUUGGCUGUGCUCUGUGAGAAGCAGCCACAUGUUUCCACAAAGGACGAGUAUAUCAUUAUCUACACUAGACUGAUUGACUUUGUGAAGGAUGAUGAAGAAAAAGUGGACAGCACUUUCCGUAAGUUGGCCAAACUGCACCUAGAUAAUGAUGACCCCAUGGGUGCAGCUGGCAUCCUCAGAACGCUGGUGGACAGGCUUACAGGAGAGAAGAGGAUAACAGAAGCAUGGCGAAGUCUUGCACAAACCCUCACAGCAGUCACUAAUUUACCCAAAGAAGAUAUUCCAAAGCUACAAGAAGCCUUAGAACACAGCCUGAAUGAUUCUGUGUUAGGUGAGAAUGAAACCAACUACCAGAACUACUUGCGGCUUCUGUACCGCACUGGCCAGCGGACCAAGCUAGUGUUGGCAGCCCAGAACAUGGCCAAGAUUUUUCCCACCUACCUGCCUUUGGAGUGGAUCUGCCGCAUAUUUGUAGAGUUGAAUGCUUACCCGUGUGAAGAACAGGAGUUCCCACUUAGCCAAGAGGAAACCAAUGUGUAUAUAACAAGACUGCUGAGCAUCAAUAAGACCUCCCCUUGGGGCAAUCUGGCACAAGGAAUGAUUUACAGCCAAGAAGGCAGGCUGGUGGAGGCCAAGGCACACCUGAGGCUCGGAGCUGACAAUGUUAAGAACAAUCUGAUAGGGUGGGAGUUGUUGCGUUCCAUCCAAGAGAGGAGCAGUGACUGGCCUGGAGUUGAAACAUCCUGUAGGAAAUCUCUGGCCAUCCUCUCUAGUGACAAUACCCCUACAAUACCUAGAGGAGAAGAUCCCCAAGCCUAUGGGACUCAGCUGAGGUUAAUGCAAGCCCGGGCACUGGUGCACAUGGGUCACAAGAACCACCUGAAGCAGGCAGUCACCAUGCUAGAGGAGUUUUACAAAACUGAUAUAGACUGUGGGCUGCUGUUAGUCAGAUCAAGAAUAAAGCUCCUGGAGUUUGACAUAGCCAGUGAAGUUCUGAAGGAGCUGGAAGACAUCUUUGGGUCAAGUUAUCAGCUCAAAUUCCUCUCAGCCACCUUGCUGCAUGCUGAGGGAGAGAAGCAGCAGGCCAAGCAGCUACUGGAGGAGAUAGUGAUGGAAGAGCCUGGAUUUGCUGAGGGUCACCUGGAGUUGGGUCAGAUCUACUUUGAGACUGGAGAGAUGAAGCAUGCUCAGAUCUGCUGCAUGAGAGCAGGGAAAUUGAACCCUAAGUUGGCCCGUGCCUUUUUGUACCUGGGCCAUUUCUUCCGCCACGAGGACAACAUGGAUAAGGCUCUUAAGUGCUAUGAGAAGGCUCUGUCCCUCAGCCCAAGUGAUGAUGAUGUUGGAGCAGCUUUGUCAGAUCUUUACAGGAUCUUAGGAAAAUACGAAGCAAAUAUCCAACUUCUGCAACGAGUGACAAGGGAAGGUGGGCGAGCCUCAUGUGGCUGGGCGUGGCUCAGGUUGGGGCUGCACCACUUGGCCCUCCAGAACCAUGAUCCAGCCAUCCAAGCCUUUCAGUGUGCCCUCACCAUCAAUCCAGAUGAUGGUCCUAGUUAUGAGUGCCUUGGAGAUGCAUACCUGGCCCGGGGUGCUCACACUGCAGCCCUCAAAGUCUUCACAUAUGCCUCUCAACUCAAUGUUACUGCUGUCUACCCACGCUACCAGAUUGCUCACAUCAAACAAAUUGUGGGAGAGAACCUGCAGUCUGUGGAGGACUUUGAGGCCGUGCUGAAAUGGGAGCCCAUGAGACCAGUGAGAGUUGUGUCUCUUGUGGGAUUGGCAGAGGCCCUCCUAGCUAGUGCCAGAAAGCACCAGGAACAGUUCUUCAUGUCCAAUGUCAAGGAUGCAUGUACCCAAGCCAUUUUCUGUCUUAUAAGGGCAGCAAGCAUGAAGCCAGACUGCUCCUGCAUCUGGAAGCUCAUGGGAGAUGCCUGCUUAAUGUUGUACCCAAUGCCACCUUCCCUUGCUCCCUUUACACUUCCUGCCAAGUUGAUCAACAGAGAGAUACAAGACCUGGAUGAAGUAGUGGAGGUAACCAAGUUACAGGUUCUACAGAUGGGUACCAGGUGCUAUGGUCUGGCCCUACAGGGGACUCCAGAAGAUGCAUUGCUGUGGCAUGACUUGGGACUGAGUACCUAUCUGCAGGCGAGAGUCCAGGAGGGCAGCUCAGAAGGUUCCAAAGAGGAGGCCACCAUCAGGGACCUGCUGAGCCACUCCAUCCAGGCCCUUAAGAAAGGCCUCACCCUUGACCCUUCUAGUAGCAAAAUGUGGAGUUCCCUUGGCAUUGUGGCCUCCCACAAAUGGUCUGGCAACAAUGCACUGGCACAGCAUUCCCUCAUCAAGUCAUGCCUCUGCCAGCCAUCUGCUGUAUCAUGGACCAAUCUUGGAGCCUUCUACCUGAGCCAUGGUGAGACUCAGCUGGCUCACGAGGCUUUCUCUCAGGCACAGAACCUGGAUCCUUCAUAUGUCACCUGCUGGGUGGGCCAGGCACUGGUGGCUGAAAGCAUUGGUCACUAUGAAAUGUUUGAUUUGUUCCGCCACACCACCUUACUGGGCAUCCACCUGGAGAGCUGCAUAGGAUAUUCCCACCAUGUAACAGACCUGGCUUGUGACCGUACUAAGCAGGGUCAGCGGUCUACAGAGGACACUCUUAAGCAGGCACUACCCCCAGCCACUGACUGCACUAUGUUCUAUACCCGGUCAGUGGAGGAGGAUGCCAUUGGACUCAACAUGGCAGGCUUAACCCUGGAGAUGAUGGGACUCUAUGAGUCAGCAACAAGAGCAUAUGAAAUGGCUCUCAGUUCCUUGAAGCAAACACCGGAUGACUCAGGGAAUGUGUUGGAUGGAGUGCGUGCCAACUUAGGUCGCACCCUCACUGCCCAGGGCAAAGCCGAAGAGGCCAUGGUGCACUUCUCAGCCAUCAAGCAACCAGACUACUUUACUCAGUGUGGUCUUGCUCUGGCCAGCUUAAAAGCGGGAAAGUUUGAAGAGGCAUAUAAUGGGUACACAGCUGCCCUCCACUGGCUAGCUCCUGAUGAUUCCCAGAAAUCUCACAUCCUUGUUGCCUUGGCAUCAUUGCAGUACAAGUUCCAGAAUUCAGAAGAAGCUAAAAAGUUGCUUUUCCAGGGGUCUCAGCUACAGGGGGCUUCACUGCGGGGUCUGCUGGUCUUGGCAGCCUUGGGCUUGGUGCUGGGGGAUGCUGUGCUGACUAAUGCUGCGUUAGCUGAGCUCACUCCACAUCAACACAACAAGGAACACCUCCACAACAUAGCAUUCUUGAGGGCUGCUGAGGCAACAGCAAAAGGCAACAUAAAGGAGGCCAAAUGUAUACUGAGUCGAACCAUCCAUCAGCACCCAUCCAGUGCACCUCUAUGGCAGGCAUUGGCUCAGCACCUUCUCACUCACCUACCCAGCACCAAGCAGUCAAGGGGUGCCAACAUCAUUACUGUCACCACUGCUGCUGCAGCCUGUGCCUCAGCAGCAGCCAAGCUAACACAAUCAGCAGGAUUGCAUAAAACCAUUGCUCAGGAUGCUGUGACAAGUGUACUAGCCACUAUUGAGCUGGAGAGGGCCAAGAAGAGCAAGGAGGGAGUAAGUCUGCGACAGGCCCAACGUGCUGUCCUCAUGUGUCCAGGCUCCCCUGAGGCAUGGGCCAUGUUCCUUGCUGCCCAAGUUGUAUCAGGACGUGCACAAAGCAAGAACAUCUGUCAGCUGGCUCACAUAUGGUCUCAGAAGGCAUCUCCAGGUGUUUCUUCUUGGCUCAAGACUCUUGCAACGAAUAUAGAAAAUGUUGCAUAAUGGCUGUGAUAUUACCCUUCAUGUUUUCUUUGUGAACAGUGUUGCUUGAACUUACUCUGAUGCAGUUAUUCAUAUAUUAACACAUAUCUAAUCACUUCUGUCAUGUCUAUAGAAUUUUUGUUGUCCGUGUGAACCUCUCUGAGAAAUUUAAUUGUUUGCAUGUAACUACAAAAAAAAAAAAAAAAUUGACUGAUUAUUUCAGUCUGCACUUAAACUAGUAAAUCCCUGAAGUACUGGAAAAUAUAUCUGAGUAAUAACAACAUUUAAUUUCAGUCUUUCAAGUUUAGUAUUUGGCCAGACUGCAUUACUAGAAAGUUUUGCAUACAUGGUAAAACAUUACUGUCAAACCCAACCUGGUAUCAAAUUAAAUAAGUUAUGUUCGCAAGGAAGAACCUUUAAUAGAUUAUUCUCUCUCUCUCUCUCUCUCUCUCUCUCUCUCUCUCUCUCUCUCUCUCUCUCUCUCUCUCUCUCUCUCUCUCUCUCUCUCUCUCUCUCUCUCUCUCUCUCUCUCUCUCUCUCUCUCUCUGGUUUAGACUAGCUGCUUUCUUUUACGUAAUGUUGAUAAGGUAAAUGACAUACUGUACUGUAGAAAUUUCUUUCAUGUAUUUAUUUAUUUGUUUAUUAUUAAUUAUUAUUAUUGUUUUUAUUUAUUUUUUGCAAGAUGGCAUUCAUGAAAAGGAGAACAAAGGAAUUUAGCAUUAAUCUAUGUAAGUAAUGACUUAUAGUGGCAUUCACAGUUAGGAUAACUUAUAAUAUUUAAAGCAAAUUUUUAUAUUAUUUAUACAAUAAUUUCUUUCCUGCAUGCAACAUCUCAUGUUGAAAUGCAUGCCAUGUUUUUAUAACCUAUGUUUCCUGCCAGGCAUUGGGCAUCAUAAUACUGCUCACCACUCUCCUCCAAACUGGCUGUAAAGGCUCCUAAGAUGACACCUGCAGUCUUUCCUGUGUUGUCUUAAUGAGUAAAUUAUUAUUGACAUAGGGUGUAACACUGCCUUCCAUCACCAUCACCAUAUCCAAGACUUUAGUCACUACAACAUUUAUUCCAGAUCACCUUGUCAGUUAUUCAUUGCCUCAUAGCAGGAACAUCAAAGUGAUCAGUUGUUCUACAGCCAGCAAGCAAGAUAUCAAAUUCAUUGCCAUGCAGAAUUGGUGUUUCAAAGUGCUAGAUGAUAAUUUUAGUUGUCAAAUCCUUGCAUCAUAAAGUGAAUACUGUAAUUAUCCUCAUUAACUCCAUUAUCCAAAAUAUGCUUCAAUGCAGACAACCAGGUAAUACAGUGUGUGUGUGUGUGUGUGCAUGCGUGCGUGCGUGCAUGUGUGCGUGCGUGUGCAUGUUUUGUUCAGGUUAUUUCCUUUUGUUGGUAAUUACAAGUAGAGAUAUUUGUCUUUAUUAGUUUUGUUUCUGUUGUGGUAGGGAUAAGGUCUGAUCACACUCUGCAGCCAAGCUGGAAGAAGAUUGUCUCUGAAUUCCCUCUAUACUCGUAUAAUAAAUUCUACUAUAAGGAAUAGAGUGAGUGGACUGGGGACUUCUUUUGUAUCUUUAUUCCUACAAUAUGAGAAAGGAUGUUAUGUCUAGGUUACCUCCCUUUAAGAUGAAUCUAAGCCUGGUUUAUAAAUAAGUUUAAAAAAAAUUUUUUGGGGGGGAGAUCUUGUUCAGUUCAAAUUUACUCAUGUACUCCAUAACCAGUCAUGGUGCUAGCAUUGCUUUCAGUCAGUAAAGGCAUCAUUCAGGUCACCAAGUUGCCAAAUAUGUAAGAUUUAGGUACCCAUGUUAUGUUUAUCAUGCACAUAGUCUUGACACUACCAGCUUCAAAACAACUGAAGAAAUUAUGAUUUGAGUCAUUAAGCA